AUGGCCCUAAGUUCAAGCCACGCAGAAUCUCUUUUCUCCCCACGGACACCGUUCGACAUGCUUCGGAACCCAUCUUUGCCGGAACUUCUCCGGGAAAGGCUGGAGAGUAUUCGAACCGCGUUCCUCGAUAGCGCUACCGAUCUGCCCGCGUCUUACCCUCGAAUCGCCGAACGGGUACUAGAUAUGGCAAGCGGGAACGCGACAUGCACGACGAAAUUGGUAACCCCAGCCGCCGUUUGCUGUCCGAUCGACAGGUUUGCUCUACACGUGUUCCGAACUGCCGGGGCUGCUGGCGAGGCAGGCAGCACGGUGUAUACCGACGUGCAGGAGCUCGCCGGCAUCGGCGGUCUCGACACGCAAACCUCCGAGAACUCCCUGUGGAGCGCGGCGGCACGGGCUGGAAUCGUUGACGUAGAACGAUGGGUCGUCGCUGCGGUGCUAUGGCAAGCCGCAGACGCUGUGGCCUCCACCGACAAAAGCUGCGUGCCAGCUGUGCAAAGUCCGUGGUCAACAGAGGGCGCAACAAACGUCAUGGCUGGAGACGAUACAUCAGACGCGGAAGCGGUAUCGACCAAGGCAAUGUCGUUGUGGGAAGAGCUGCGCGACGAGGCGUUUCGAUCGGUGCUGACCCGCAGCAGUAAGAACCAAACCCAUGGUACGGUACCGAACGCAGAACCGAGUACUUCCUCCCCGGCAAAGGCCGGCACUCUGUCGACGCCAAGAAAACACGAUCAUCAACGGGAGGGGCCUUUGGUGCUCGUAGGAGAGGACGUGGUUUCUCAUCGCGUGGAUCGACGUGCUCUGCAGCGGUAUGAAGCCUUGAGGUCGGUCCCCAGUUCUUUCGACCAUGCUCUGACGAGGACACUCGUCCUAGCAAGUGGUACCGGUGCGGAGGCGGCAGCGGCAGCGGCAGGAGCAAGUCCGACGGCGGGUGAUAGGGCAUCAGGGGACUCGGGCGUAGGCGGGUCUCUCGACUGCGUGGAAGAUAUCUUGCUGCACAACUUUGUCGUCGCGGGGUUCGUCGACGGGUCGUGCUUGAGCGUGUCUGAUAUCGUCGACGCCGUGAGCGCACGUAGGCAGAGGGUUGCUCUGACGGCGACAGCCGGCGGGCCUAUUUCAGGUGGUGAUAAGGAGGGCAUGGACAACGGAGUUGUGUCGGACGAGAAUGGACACCGACCCGCGAAACCGCAAGCGUUAACAGAAUUACCCGAAGACCAUCGCCACCGCUUGUCGCGCGGUGAACCGGUUCCCCGGGGAGAAACGCUGGCCGCAAGCGUGAUCAAGGGGGAAGAGGAACCUAUGAGCGACGACAAUGCUGCUACUAUUUCGUCCAUGUUGGAGACAGACGUGGAAUCGCGUCUUCUGCUUGGAAUCCCCGCCGAACUGCGGGGGCUCUUUCGGGCUGCCACUCUCGCGGGGGUUGUACGCAAAAAACAACAGCAACAGCAGCAUGGUCACCAAGGAAGCCUAGAAAAGGACGAGCUGGAGAAUGCUGAACGGGGAAUCUUGCAAGUCCUGGACAGCAACCGGACCCUCGAAACGGCCCCCUUCUCGGGAGGGAGGACAGCCUUACACCACGCCGCCGCACGGGGCGACGAGUUUUUGGUUCGCUUGCUCCUCGAUCGAGGGUGUAAACCCCAUCUACAGGACUUUGAAGGGAAGCGUGCUUCCGACCUUACUCGUGACUUGAAGUGCCUCCGUCUGCUGGGCGCGCUGAAGAAGGGGUGCGAGCCUUCCGCCGUCUCUCUGCGCGGAAGAAGGCAAGAUGAAGAAGCCGCCACAGCAAGCGGCGAGAAGGAGGAGCGGGCCGGCGAGAAACCGUUGAGCAGAGCGCGAGCCAUGGCCAACGUAGAGUUCGCCGUGUCGUUCCGACUUCGAGGGGACGAAGAAACUGUCGGAGGCACUUUGGGGGAUACCGUCCGAUCUGAUGGUUCCAGUGAAACUCCUCGCGACUGGAAACAACAUGAGCGAGCCGAGGAUGAGCAAAUCAGAAUCAUACAUAGACGAGGAGCGUGGGUGAAUGGUGUUGCCCGUUCAUACGACCUGAGAAACAAGGUUUUGCUCAUCGACGAAAUCUACCCAGAAAUAGGUCCACGCGGCACAACUGCAACUGCUCACCCCACUAUCGACAGCAGCGGAUCGGCCGAAAACGAAACAGGAGGAGCGAUUUCGACCCAAGGACAGCUACCCGACGAGGAACAACUACGAGAUUGGAGAAGCACCGGAGGAGAGCGGCGAAGUUACCGCUGUUCCAGACACGUGCUCGACCUCAACGCGCAGUCGUUCGAGCUGGGCGGCUUUCGUCGGAAGCGGUGCUGCCGAAUGGAGGGGAAAACGACGGCACGGGUGGAAAACGGCGUCAGCACCGUAGUCGUGCGCGGCCGAUCGUACCUAGACGCCGUAGGCGCGGAAAAGAGGGGAGGCAGUGGGAAUAAACCGAUCAACCUCGAGGGCCGUGAUGCCGGCAUACAGCGCGUCCUCGAUCACCACGGGGUGACUCUCUCGGCAUGCCUCCAGACGUUCGAUGUGAUGCAGCUGAGCGUACGGUAUCUCGAGGAAGGCGUCGAAUUCGCCAGCCUUCCCCAGUCUGAGCAAGACACCAUGAAGGCCGACGUUCUCAGUCAACUCUACCAAGCGACCAGCCACAGCCCGCGGACUGUCCCGGAAUGGGACGAGUUAAAAAUCAUGAUACAGGCAUACGGCGGGGUCACGUCAGUUAGCUUAUCGCGAACUGACGAAAGCAGCAAGACGCCCGUCAGCGACGGAAAACAGGACCUGGUGGUGUCUGCACCCACCACGGCCGGAUGGUUCAGCACGGACGAAGUAACGGCUGCGCUGACAUCUCCACCAACACUGCAAGAUAGCUUGCCCACGGCCACCGCUGCUUCCUCUUCUUUCGCCGAACCACUACCACCGUCCGCCGUGAAUCUUGUCGUCACGCUGAUGAGGUGCAACCCUUGCGAGGUACUGGGCUCCCUAUGUCGAGGGAUCGAUACCGACGGCCGAAUUGCCCUCAUCGGCCGGGUCGAAAACGGCGGCGCUAAUAGUCAAGCUUCUGCUAUUGACACUUCCGGGGGCAGGGCAGGGGGGAAGGGAGGUGGGGUCAACGAUGGUUGCGCGUUCCGCUGCUCUUUGGAAGUUGCGUGGGACAAAGAUGAGGGCGGGGUGUUCGUGCGGCGGUUCAGCAUGGAACGUGACGAGAAAAGACCGAGUUUCACCCUCCGAGCGGUGGGAAUCCGAGGAUUUUCGAUUGCUCAACUCCCGGUCACCCUCGCGGACAUUGAUGAGGUCGAGGAUCAGGGAGGCAUCGACGACACGUCUGGGUCAGACACAACGACAAGUCACGGUCGCUCGCGAGGGUCAACGAACUCGUCCGUCACCACUCUGCGCUCCUCGCAAGGAGGCAAGGGACAACCUUCCCCGCCAGCGAGCAGCGUGGCGGGCUCGGCGAAGUCAGUAAGCACAGAAGAAUCAUCAGAACGGGCCACACAUUCUGCGACAUUGGUGCAGUCAGCAGCACCAGCAGAGAGGGGUAACUUGAUUCAAUCUGCAGCGGCGGCAACAGCGACAACAUCAAGAACAGCAACAAGUGCGGCAUCCGUAUCAGCAGAAGCGCCCUUGGCAAAGUUUAGUUCAGCCCAGGAUGAAAGCGAAGAAAGCUCGCAGAAACCUGAAACGACAGCAGCAGCGGCGACGGCGACCGCGGCGGUGGCGGCGGGGGGCAUAGCACCACGUGGCACGGGUGAGGGUGAUGAUGAUUUUUCAUGGACUUCAGACCAGAGAUUGCGAUAUGAUGGAGAGGAAACUAGUGAAGACCAUGGCCGAUCGAUGCGAGAGGACAGGAUUGUGGAGUCCGUUGCAAAAGAGAACCUUGACCAGCCAAGUGAAGUCGCGAUCAAUGAUGCCACCAAGGGCGUCGUAUCUAAGCAGGAAGGGCGUCGCGGUGCCGCCGGUGCCUCUUCCCCUGAGGCUCAAGUGGACACAAACGAUGCCGAGGGUAGCAGACAGGCAGGUUCGGAGGUCGUAACGACGAACGAAAAGCCUGCCUCCGGAGGUGGUCUCAACGAGAUGGCGGAAGCAAACAUUGACGAUAGGAGCAGAGGGCAGGGAGAGACGGAGGAGGUAAACGAGGGAAGACGCGAGGAUAAGAAGCACGACGACAAUGAAGGGAGGGAGGAGAGCACCGAGGAGGGGGCUGGGAGUCAAGAAGGCGAAGAGGAAGCUUUGGAACAACAGAAAAGGGAAGCCGAGGACGAGGAUGGUAGCGAAUCAACGCGCGAGCGAAAACAAUUGGCAUGCAGUGGUAAUACGGACGCCGGCGAGGAUACCCGUCCCGUGGACACGGGACCCCCUCUUCGCGGCAGUGAUGGAAUACUUCUUCGUCGGGGAUCGACCGAGGAGGUGGUCAAAGCAAAUACCACCACGAGCAUGGAUGUGGGAGCAGUAGCCAACCGCGUGCCGAAAGACAUGAUCACACCACUUGUCAAGCGAGGCUCCGAGGGACUCCACAGCGCGAGAUCAAUUGGGAUAGACGAUGGGCACGGGGGAAGUGAUGCUCGCUGCGCGACAACUGGUCAAGUUCAAACGCAAGCCCUGCCUCACGCAAACCGUGAGGCGCUUGCGCCCGACAUUGUGCGUGCAGACGAAUCAAUUUCAUUGCAGCGAGACACGGGGAGGGCGGCCGACCCCGCCGCGGUGCUUGGAGAAGGGGCCUCUUCUGUCGGCAUGCUGAAUGCAGCGGGGGAAGAUCUAGGGACAACUCCCGUAGGAGAUGCUAAAGACGACGGGACAUUCUUGAAAGCGACGUCUCAUCGAGACACGGCCGAUGAGGUGGUUGUGGAGGGACCCAUAAACAAUGAACCCCUUGGUGUGCUAGCAGUUCCUUCUUCUCACCCGCUGAUUGGCUCGGCUCCCGGUACGAUCGAGGACAUCAAAGAAGUCAACAACGGUGAUGGAAACGGUGAUGUAGAAGAGUUGCUUCGCCAACAAGACAAGAGAAAUUCAUCACCACUUACUGACGGUGAAGGUGCGAAUGACGAUGGACAGGCAACCUCUGCUACCAAAGUCACUCCGCUGGAAACAGGAGAAUAUGAAUAUGCUCCUGCGGACGUACUAGACGUGGCAGAUGAGGGAGGCACUAAAGACAACGAAGGCGUUCCUCCACGACUGAACGAAGAAGUGGCCCUUGAGAAUGAAGAGGGGCGGGCAGGAAAACAACACGAGCUGAAUCAAACCGCCAGUGUUGUUGAUGCUCAGAGGUUGCAGGAUCAAACGGCGGAUGAUGUCAACGGCAAGUCUGAAGAAGACGCUGUCAACUUUUCCCAAGACAAGGUAGCCGCUGACAAAGCUGACCAGGGGGAUCUGAACAGGGAAGAUGCCGAUCGUAUGGCCACGACGAGCAACAGCACAGACUCCGGGGACUUGCUGCCGACGAACGUGUGGACGUUCCCUCCAUCAUUCGAGGCCCUGAUGACUCUUUCCACCGCAAACAACACGGUGGAGUGCAAAGCUGAGGGCGAAAUAACGCUCGAAGUCGAAGCCGCGACCCUGGGCGAGGAGCAGGCAUCGACACACGGCAACGAAGGACAAACUAAAAAGAAGCAACGAGCGACCUCCGUGGGCUCCCCCGAGAACAAUGUCGAACCAUUCUGGCGAAGCCGUUACUGCAUAUACAGGAUAGCGGUGGAGGAAGGUAGCCAGACCCCGCCAGUGGCAGACAUCGACCUGGAAGACGAUGACGCUCAGACACGCCUCGAACAACUUCUCGGGGGUUCGUACGGCCUAACGAUGGAAGAGGUCCUAGAUCGUUUCUCCCCGGAGACUGACCUCGGUUCCGGCGGCGCUGUGGUGCGGUCGUUCACGAACAGCAUCUGUGAGCUCCGCCCGUCUCUUCUUCGGGGGCAACCAAAAAGCACAAGCUCCGACGACGGUCGGCCCGGAGGUGGUGAUUCCCGCGGACGAAGCGAUGAUGACUCUGUGUACAAAGCCGUGGAGGCAGCUCUGCGAGGGCGCGGCGGUGGGGCCGAGUGGCAAGAGGUGCAGGUACGAGUGGGCACUUCCCGCGUCUUGGAAGUACGCGUCGUCACCACUUCUUCUGACGAGACCACCAGGGGGGAAGAUAUCGUCGAGAGCGGGUCCAAUCCUGGUGGACCGUCGGCAACAACAUCGGUCGACCCUCCCUCGAAGGGUGCUGUCUGCACUAGCGUCGUCGAUUGUUCGGGUAUCGACUCGCCCCCGGCGUUGAGGCCGCACAUACUCGCGGGAGGAGUGCCCGCGUCGGUGGCAGACGCUUUAGACCGAGCGGGUUUUUUCACCCCGGGGCCCGCCGUAGACCUCGCCGGUGUUUUCGCAGCGUUAGCCGACGAGGCGAAAACCGGAGGCCCUUCUGAAACGCAUGCCGCUACCGGUAUUUCUCAAUCAUCGCCGGGCGUGAAGCAAAAGGAAGGAACGGGGGGCUGGCCAGGUCUUGACCGCGCCAGGAGUAGGCGGAAGGAGUUACACGUCCCGCACGGCGCACGAAGAAGCGGAAGCUUCGCAACCAUCCACAAGUGUACCGUAGCCGUCACCGGAACGCCGGAGGAUAUCCAACUCGAUAUUCUGCCGGCGGUGGUUGAUGAUCAGGGUUUCAUCGGUCAAGCCGGGGUGACCACGGCGCGCUUGUCACGUUUGAGGCCCCUCGGUACCUCCUCGUUGCGUUGUUCGCCGGCACCAGCCCUAGCUUCCGAGGGUGAAGAAGCUGUCGCAGCAGAACGCCACCGGAACAACCGAAACCACAGCGACUCCGAUAGUAAAGGUAGAGAGAGCAGUUCGGAAGAACACAAACCCGAGAAUGUGUCAUCACAAUCGGCACCUAGUAGUAGAGAACAUGGGGCGGGGUUGACGGUCGGGGACCGUGUAGAGGCGCGAUACGGCGGUAAAAGCGAGUGGUUCCCUGGGACUGUCAGAGAAAUUCACGAUGUCGAUGAUGCACAUACGCCAGCUUCUACACGUGAUGUUGUUGCUGGUGGUGGUGGAAAUGGUGGUGGGAAUAGUGGAUUGAAAAGCAAACUUUGCAGCGUUGCUAUCGACUACGACGACGGGGACACCGAAGAGAGAGUCCCUCGCGUACGGGUGCGGCUGGUUGGCCAGAAACAGCCAAGAUUCUUGAACGAGGGAGACGAAGUGGACGUCAAGCGAGGGAAGAAAAUAAGGUCCACCCGACGCCUGAACUCGGCCGCGACGCCUGAUGGACAAUUCCGCACUACAAGUGCCACUACUGUAAGACGCUACACAGUAUAG